UUUGUAAGCAUUUCAUGAGAAAAGUGACACUGUCAGCAUCACAACAACAGCAAUGACUCUCCUUACUGGAAGAAUCUUUUUGAGGGUAACUCGAAGUAGUUACAACAACUUUCAAGCUGUACGCUUACAGAAAGUUGCAAUAGCUUCUUCACGACCUGCCAGUACCUUCUUCCAAAAACCGCUGAACUAUAUCGACGGCGAACGGGUGGCACCAAAUGAUACAGCUCAACAGUUCAAAGUCGUGCAACCAUCCACAGGUGAAGUCUUGUGUGAGUCGGCAAGCUCGAGUCAAGAAGAUGUGGAACUCGCUGUGGCGUCGGCCAAGAAAGCCUUUCCAGAAUGGUCAGAAACACCAGCUAUGGAGAGAGCCAGAAUACUCCAGAAUGCAGCAAGAUUGAUAAGGGAAAGAAUUGAAGAUUUCGCUAUCAUGGAGACGACAGACAAUGGUAAAGCCAUUACAGAGUCGCGGGGUGACGUCACAUCGACAACGGAUGCACUGGAAUUCUUUGCUGGGCUGGCACCGACUCUAGCUGGUGAACAUUACCAGUACCCUGGUGGCACCUUUGGGUACACAGUACGAGAACCACUGGGUGUGUGCGCCGGGAUAGGGGCGUGGAAUUUCCCCAUCCAGAUGGCUGGGUGGAAGGCUGCCCCUGCCCUAGCGGCAGGCAAUACUAUGGUCUUCAAGCCGUCUCCUAUGACACCACUCACAGCUGUCAUGUUUGCUGAAGCUCUCAUAGACAGUGGCCUACCCAAGGGUGUCUUCAAUGUUGUCCAGGGUCAGGGAGUGACCGGUGGUGCGUUGACAUCACACCCUGAUGUCGCAAAGGUCACCUUUACUGGCAGCGUUCCCACCGGUAAAACAAUCAUGAGAAGUUGUGUAGAUGACCUGAAACAUGUGACCCUGGAGCUGGGGGGUAAAUCUCCCCUCAUCAUAUUCGCCGAUGCUGACCUGGAUAACGCAAUCAAUGGAGCCAUGCUAGCAAACUUUCUGUCUCAAGGAGAGGUGUGUUCCAAUGGCACCAAAGUUUAUCUUGAGAGGAGCAUCAAGGAGACAUUUGUGGCGAAGCUCCUAGAGAGAGUAAGAUCCUUGAAGAUUGGCGACCCCUUCAGGGAAGACACCCAAGUCGGAGCUCUCAUCAAUCAAGAACACAUGGAGAAGGUCCUUGGAUAUGUCAGGGGAGCUAAGGAACAGGGAGCUACCAUUCUUUGUGGAGGGGAGAGGGUCAUCCCAGACGAUGCAAAGCUUGCAAAUGGAUUCUUCAUCAGUCCCUGCGUAAUGGACAACCUCACAGAUGACAUGACGAUAAUUGUGGAGGAGACAUUCGGCCCUAUUCUGACCCUGCUGACCUUUGACACAGAGUCAGAGGUCACAAGGCGAGCAAAUGACACACCAUUUGGGUUGGCUGGCGGGGUAUUCACAAAGGAUAUUCAACGCGCCCACAGAGUGAUCAAGAACAUGAAAGCUGGAUCUUGCUGGAUCAACACCUACAACAUGUACCCCGUCGGCUGGCCGUUUGGGGGCUACAAACAGUCUGGGCUUGGCAGAGAAAACGGAGCAGUCACGCUGAAUAACUUCACACAACUGAAGAGUGUUUAUGUUGAAAUGGGCGAUGUGGAAUCACCAUUGUAAAACAGAACUUUGUUACCAGACUGUGGGCCUUUUGCCAAACCCUAUGUACUGGGUUCAGUUUCAUAGAGUUGCUUAAGCACAAAAAGUAGCUGAGCACAAUCAAAUUAUGCUUAGCAGAAUAUGGUUACCAGCCAAAAUGCCAUUUUGCAUGAACAAUCUGUAAUGGGUACCCUGCCAAGUUUUGCUUAGCAGAAACUUGUUAAGCAAUAUUGUCUGGAUAAGCAGCUCUAUGAAAUUAGGCCCUGGAUUUACUCUUUGAAUGUAAACAAGUGAAAAACCACUUGUUUUGUUUGCCAUACCACUCUUUCUAAGAGCCAUAUGGCGGACAACUCUUUUAAGAGUGAAAGCUGGUACUUUCAACUUGAUUUAGAGUUAAGGUCGUUCCAAUUUCGCUCAAAAAGAGUGACACGGAUUGACUUUCACUCUCCUAAAAACCUGACACCUCGUAAAAUGUUCACUCUUUUAUAUUAAAAGAGAAUACGAAGGCUAUGACCACUGUUGCUCUGGCCUUGGUCUUGGCCUUGGUGUCCCGUCCAAAGUUUCCCAAUAAGAUUUCCAAUGGAGGUGCCCUUGGCAAAAUGAAAUAAACCGAUCCAAUUAGGCUCCGCCCAUGACGCACGUGUGAGCAAGAACACGUGAGCCUCUCCAAUGCCUUUCUGCACAAAC